AUGCGUAUUCGAUACGUGGCCAUCGCAGCAGCUGCUGCUACUCUAGCUGCAAGUACUCAUGGCCGUCAAGCUAUCCCCAGUGCGGCCGAGUCUUCACCGUUGCUACAGACGAUCUCCGAGACCAGACAUCAGUCCUUUGUGAACGGCAAGACCGACCGGUUCCUGACAAGUACCGACAAAGACGAGGCACCGCUCAUGGUGGCCCCAACUGGCUACGCGUCUUCAGUGCUGCAGGGAGGUGGCAACCGCAGGCACUUGCGAGGCAACAACGCCGAUGGUCACGAUUCAGAUAGUUCCUCGGAGAGCUCCGAGCAUGGAAAAGAGGAGAAGCCUGGCGUGUUUACAAGACUGUAUCGUCGCUUCUGGGCCUGGUCUACAGAGGGGAAGACGAGAUGA